UAGUCUGAAUCACAGUCGGUUUAACGUUUGGCACUGACAGUAAAGCGCCCCAGGAUGAAAAGCAAAGGACGACUUUCCCGGCGAGGCAACACCGUUCAGGAAUCACGCCGGGUUUCCCCUAGGGUUAUUUAUCCGCGGGGCUCAGGCAGAGGCAGCCGGGCUUCCUACGAGAGAGGAAGGGAGCGAGCCGCACGCAGGCAUUGGGGGAGAGAGAGUUUUUAAGCCUCAAAGUGUCACUCCCCCGCCGAGGCUCUCCCGCCGCCGCGUCGUGCCGUGCGGUGCCGUGCCGUGCCGUGCAUGCCUCUUCCACUUCCUGCUGCAGAGCCAGUUCUGCCGCUUACCUGGGAGAGGCACGAAGGGUGUCGUAAAAGGAGGAAAAGAAAAAAAAAAAUAAUAAAUAAAUAAAAGCCCGGCCCGGCUGAGGAAGGAGACCAGGGCACACCAAGAGAGAGCGACGGGGGGUGCGCAGGAGGCAGGCCAGCCCUCCCGCUGUCCUCGGCCAGCUGAGCCGCCAGCCGCAAGAAGUCAUAAAAAUAAACAUUACCUGCCCUAGAGGGCUUAAAAUCUGGGCUAGGAACGUGACACACUGCCUUUGUCUUCGCUGUGGAGGGUACCCAAGGGAGAGGUUUGCUGAAAAAUCCUGGCUUUGCAGUAAGGCAGCUGACUCUCGUUUCCGGUGCGACUACAAACCUUGGAAAUGGCCUCCGUGUCAGGCACUUUUGUGGGUCGAAGCAUACCAGUCGAAGUGGAUGAAUCCAUGCCAUGGUCCCCAUUUCCCAAACAUGUCUUGGAAAAUGCUUUGCAGCCUUCUGGAGAGGGUAUGGAGGAUGACGAGUCCCAGAGACCAUGUGUCUCUCAAACACCUCAGCCCGUGGCCGAUUCAUCAUGCUUCUGCAGAGCACCAGCACAUCAUCAAUCAGCACCAUCCGUGGAGCCGCAGAGCAGCUUGUGGUCAAAAUAUACUGAUCCUGAUGGCGAUGGACGCUCCUGUUCCCCUGUUGAAUCAAUAGCUGGAGUAGUUCCCUCCAAGAUGCGCCCUGUAGCUAUGGACAAACCAGGCAUGCAGCCAAGAUCACAGCUUUCAGCUGACACUGGGCAUAAUUCCAGUAAAUCAGAGCAGAGCUUGCCUAAUGCUCCUGAGGACCCGCUGGAGGAGAGCAGCCAAGGGAGUUCACAGUCACAGCAACCCUCAGGAAACAGACCCCCAGCAGAGCUGGGGACUGUGGACACAGGGUACAACUCCCAGUCACGAGACAUCAUGGGCAUCAGGCAACUGGAGCCCCCCUUACCGCUGGUGUCUGUGCUGAACCCCCAGGACCUCCCAGGACCACUGAUCUCCAGAGAGUUUUUUGGACCUGAGGAUCAGCAGUGCCCUAUGUGCCAGCACUUGCCCCAUCCCAAUGCCUCCUCGCAAGCCCACGGCUGCUUUGGGCACCACUGCCCAGCAGAGCAGCACCCCCAGGGUCCAUAUGGCAGAGCUCCUUACCAACAUUUUGCACAUACAUCACAAACUCCUGUUCCUGGACCUUGCAUGAGAGUUAUCCGCCUGGCCCAGCAAGUCAUCCCAAAUUACUCAAACCUCCGUGCUCCCAAGGGCACCGGAGACCGACCACCCCAGAGGAUGUGCUCCUCCCCUGGUCCUCCUCGAUUCCCAAACCAGUUAUACAACCAGCUACCUAAUGGUCAGCUGCCCCCCAAGGCAUGUGGGCCAGAUGAAGCAUGCUGUUGUCCUUCUGACAAUUUUCCAUCUCCAGUUGCCGUCCCAAGACCUCUCAGUAACCCUGCAGCCAAGGGAACGCUGAGAACCAGCAAUUUGCCGGAGGAGUUGCGCAAGGUCUUUAUAACCUAUUCGGUGGACACAGCGGUGGAGGUUAUGAAAUUUGUGAACUUCCUGCUUGUAAAUGGAUUUCAAACUGCUAUUGAUAUAUUUGAGGACACGGUACGAGGUAUUGACAUCAUUAAGUGGAUGGAGCGCUACCUAGGUGAUAAGACGGUGAUGAUAAUCAUAGCAAUCAGUCCAAAAUACAAACAGGAUGUGGAAGGGGCUGAAUCCCAGCUGGACAGGGAUGAACACGGCUUACAUACUAAAUACAUCCACAGGAUGAUGCAGAUCGAGUUUAUACAACAAGGAAGUAUGAACUUCAGAUUCAUCCCUGUGCUUUUUCCAAAUGCCAAAAAGGAACACGUGCCUACCUGGCUGCAGAACACUCACAUCUACAACUGGCCCAAGAAUAAGAAGAACAUCCUUUUGCGGUUACUGAGGGAGGAGGAAUACAUUGCUCCUCCAAUAGGACCUUUACCAACACUCCAGGUUGUGCCGUUAUGAACGUUAUUACUUAACGUGCACGACAAGCAGUUGUUAAAGGGUUGUUCUUGGCGGGGAGCCAACGCUCUUCCAGAUGGCUCUUUCUGAUGACAGAAGACACUCUUUCUGCUGAGGGAAUUAGUUGUCUUGGGUAACUCAGGCUCGGCUUGUUCUCUACCAUGUUAAACAUCUAUUUCUGAAGCUGAUGGGGCAGAACUCUUUUCUCUAGAUUUUUAAAUAAGCUGCAAAUGGAAAGAAUGCCCGGUUUUAUUUUAACAUCUGUUUUUAACAUAUUCCUUUAUUAGUCAAUAUAGCAAACAAUUACGAGAAAUAAUGCCGCAAUAAGGGUAAAAUAAAAAUUACAUCCUC